UUACUAAAUGUUUGAGUAGCUGUGUCCUAAACUGUAGCUAUGGUAGGUACUAGGUUCGUUUAUAAUAUUAUCUGCUCAAGAAUCGGUAUUUUUGGUAAGAAAAAAACGUCCGUUUUUCUUUUUUAAUGAAAAAAAAAAAACUAAUUACAAAUGGUGAGUUAAGACUGUAGAUUUCUGCAUGAACUUUGUGCAAUGCAAGCAGUAACAGUUGGGUACGACAUCUUAAUAAGGCGCAAAAGGGCGCAGCUCAAGUCUUUACGCACCGAAACCGACACGCUUUCGCGUAGGACGCAUGAUGGAUGACAGUGUCCACUGGUGACAUCACCCGAAAACAUAAAGUCUAGAGCCUUGAUCAGUGCGCGCUGCAAUCUCCGCACCCUCGGUAGCGCGCGCUAACACGCGGAGAUGACGUUCCAGAGCGAACGCUCGCACAAUCCGGGACUUUAACAGAGCUACACAGACUUCACCUGGCUAAGGGUCUACGAAAAACAAAAACAUGUCCAAACGAGUGUUUUUUUCUUCUCACCGCUCAAUUUUGUGCAGACGCGUUCGUUUGACCUUAUAAUCACUUUAAACUCCGUGGCUCUGGUUCCUAGCUCGGCACGUAUCAACACGUAUUUGGCGAGUAUGUGCGCGAAGAGGCGAGCUAAAGAACUAAAUCGCGGCGACCGACUGCAGCACUUUUAUUUAUGAUAUGUUAGAAAAAAAAUCGCUAUGGAUUAACGUGGAUUAUUGUGGAAUUUCAAGGACAUUGCCGCGGGGGUGGGGGGGGGGCACACUGAUAACCAGAUCACCGGCUGUGUGGUAAUUCUUCACAAAUUAGGUUUAGUGGGCUGGAGGAGCGUUACAUCUUCCUGGGACAUCUUCUAAAGAUAAUUGAAGGUGUUUGGGACAUUCAGGUGUUUGUCAUAGGCGUCUACCACCUGUAGCUCAAAGUCUCUCUCUCUCUCUCUCUCUCUCUCUCUCUCUCUCUCUCUCUCUCUCUCUCUCUCUCUCUCUCUCUCAGCGCCCUGCACUCCCUUUAUUUAGCUGUAAAACUGUCUGGCACGCGCGCGCAGAGCUGCAAACCCUAAAACCGCACCGAGUUUCUUUUUAGCCUCUCGCCCAGAGUCUCUCUCUCUCUCUCUCUCUCUCUCUCUCUCUCUCUCUCUCUCUCUCUCUCUCUCUCUCUCCCUGACUUUUCCUUUUAUGCCUGGCCUGAUGUUAAGGUCUGAAGGCAGAGUGUGUAGAGUAGACAUUUCAGUGUACACCCCCCACCCAGACCGUGCCCCUCUUAUCUCAGUUUAAUUGCAGCCUCUAUGUCUGCUGUUUUCGCGUCUCCUUUUUUCCAGAUUCUUCUUUGAUUCACCUUCUCAUCUCUACUCGUUGUUUGACAUCCUCUUUAGUCUCCCUCACGUGCUCGAUCUCUUUGAGGAUAUUAUUAUAGCCCGCGGGCGGGGAUAAUAUCCCUAAACUUUUUUUUUAAUUGAAGUUCUUCGGCUUAAAGUGCGCCAUCUACCUUCAGAACGCAUCAGAUCCGGAGAUCACCGUUUAGUGUCGAGAGAGUGAGAGCGGGCUGGAGGCUGGGCGCUCGCGCGGAUCGGGGGUCCAUGCGCGGUGUCGCUGCCUGACGCGAGCUCGGCCCGGGAGCUCUAAGCCGUCCUCCUCUGUGCCCUCAUUCUGAUAAUGGUAGCCGUGCUCCGCUCGGUCGUGGCGCUCAUGCUGCUGCUCGGCCAGGUGUGGCUGGGCGCCGCCGCCGGUCUCAUUCCCGACGUGGAGCGGCGGAGGCACGCACCCGAACACUCCGAGCGCUUUCUACGCGACUUCGAGCUCCGACUGCUCAACAUGUUCGGUCUAAAGCGAAAACCCACGCCGAGCAAGGGAGCCGUGGUACCCCAGUAUAUGCUGGACCUCUAUUAUAUGCACUCAGAGAAUGGAGAGCAGAAAAGCAUCCGGCGGCCCAGGAGCAUCAUGGGGAGGCACGCGGAGCGCGCGGCCAGCAGGGUCAACACCAUCCGGAGUUUCCAUCAUGAAGAGGCAUUAGAGGCUCUGGCCAGCCUGAAAGGAAGGACCACAGAGCAGCUGUUUUUCAACCUCACAUCAGUCCCGGCAGAGGAGCUCAUCACGGCUGCAGAGCUACGCAUCUUCAGAGACCAGGUGCUCAGUGACCUUAAGCAGAGCAACACCAGCCGUGCUGGAGCCUUUCAGCGAAUUAACAUAUUUGAGGUGUUUAGGCCAGCGAAUUCCCCCUCACAGGAGCCUCUUACCAGACUUUUGGACACUCGUCUGGUGCAGGACUCACACUCACGCUGGGAAAGCUUUGAUGUAAGCUCAGCAGUAGCACGCUGGGCCACACAGCCACACCACAACCAUGGCCUCAUGGUGGAGAUUCUGCACCCAAACGGGGCCAGUGAUGGUGAGGAGGCAAAAACAAGCAGGAGUAGUCAUGUGAGGGUAAGCCGGUCCCUUCAUCCUGACAUUGAAUCCUGGGCUCAGGCUAGACCACUGCUGGUCACUUACAGCCAUGAUGGCCAGGGCACUGCAACACUCCACAGAGAAAAACGGCAGGUGCGGCGGCCACCAAAACAGCGACGUAGACACCACUGCCGGCGGCACCCACUCUAUGUAGACUUUAGCGAUGUGGGCUGGAAUGUGUGGAUUGUGGCGCCACCAGGCUACAAUGCCUUUUACUGCCAAGGCGAGUGCCCGUUCCCACUGUCAGAUCAUCUGAAUUCCACCAACCAUGCCAUUGUGCAAACGCUUGUGAACUCUGUGAACUCUAAUGUGCCGCGAGCAUGUUGCGUACCCACAGAGCUCAGUCCCAUCUCUCUGCUGUACUUGGAUGAGUAUGAGAAGGUUGUCUUAAAGAACUACCAAGAUAUGGUGGUGGAGGGCUGCGGAUGCCGAUGAGAACAAAACUCAUGAAGUUUAUGAAGACUUUUUUAUUUAUAUAAAAGAACAUUCAAAAAGAGUUAUUUAGUUAUUUUGAAAAAAGAUAU